AUGCGAAGCAAACAGUGUGAAUUAUGUGAUCUCAAUCGCCCUGCACUAGUGCGUCCCAAAACUGGUCAAAGGAUUUGUAAGGAUUGCUUCUACUAUGUGUUCGAAACAGAAAUCCACAAUGUCAUGACCGAACACAAGCUGUUCCAUCGAGGGGAAAAAGUGGGUAUCGGUGCUAGUGGAGGAAAAGACAGCACGGUUUUAGCAUAUGUAAUGAAACUUUUGAACGAACGAUACGACUACGGCAUUGAAUUGUAUUUAAUUAGCGUGGACGAAGGAAUUCGAGGAUACAGAGACGAUUCUCUGGCGACUGUAAAACGGAAUCAGCAGCAGUAUGAACUUCCAAUGACCGUGGUUAGCUACGAGGAUUUGUACGAUGGAUGGACCAUGGAUAAUGUUGUCGCUCGUAUUGGUUUAAAAAACAACUGUACCUACUGCGGUGUCUUUCGCCGUCAAGCUUUGGAUCGGGCUGCAUUGAGUUUGGAUAUCCAUCAUCUAGUCACCGGCCACAAUGCCGACGACAUUGCAGAAACUGUAUUAAUGAACUUGCUACGCGGUGACGUUGCUCGUCUUCCCAGAAGCACUGAAAUAACCACUCAGUCAGAUACUUCGCCUACGAAGCGUUCCAAGCCUUUCAAGUAUACGUACGAAAAGGAAAUUGUUUUGUACGCUCAUUAUAAAAAGCUCGAUUACUUCUCCACUGAAUGCACAUAUUCCCCCGAAGCAUUCCGGGGAACUGCUCGAGCCAUGAUCAAGCAGUUGGAAUGCAUUCGACCAAGUUCAAUAUUAGAUAUCAUUUAUUCUGGCGAAGCCAUGCAACUCUCUGAUACAGUGCAAGAGAGGCUUCCCCAACAGACGCAGUGCGAGCGAUGUGGUUUUAUAUCCAGCAACCGGAUUUGCAAGGCCUGUAUGCUUUUGGAAGGAUUGAAUACUGGCAUCCUCGGUUUGGGUUUGGGGAGCGACCGGAAGACUCGAAAGUUGCAGUCUCAGACACCGGAGUGUGCCAAAGGGUAA